CUUUAUGUGUACGUUAGUGUGAUUGUAUUGUCCGUAGUAAAUAAAUAACUAUGUGUAAAUAGCAUCUCUCUACUCCUCACUAAUAAAAUACACUGCAGUAAUUGGCGACGAGGAUUAAAACAUUAUGGAUGCUCAGCAAUUUGCGGAAUUAUUAAAAGUUCUAACCGCUAGUAAUGAUAGAAUCCUGGAUCUCAUCUUGAAAAAAGACGAAAACAAAGAUGUUCCUGAGCACAACGAAAAAAGUAUGUGGUUUAAAGAGGAAAUGGAAGCACCUACGAGACUGUUUUUCCAGAGAAGAAAGGUGUCGCAGAGGAACAAGCAGCGAACCCAGGAGGAAACCGUACGUGUACUAUGACAUGAUGUCAUUCAUCAAAAACAAGACGUUUAGCGAACAAAGAGGAAUUAUAAUAAAAGAAGAAAUGAACGAAAGUUCCAAUGGUUCUGGAGAACUCAGAGAAUGCACUACGGAUAAACAGACAACUGCCACAAGUCUUGUUUCUACCCAAAUAUCCACGACUCCAAUAAUAUCAUCUAGAUCUAUAAUAGAAGAGCAAACUGCUGGUACUUCAACAGAAUCUACACAAAGCCCAAUGUCCAGCUCUAUGAUAGAAUGUACAGAAGACGAAACACCUAGUGCCCCCACACAAUUUGCAGAAAAUCAAGUUCCUAAUAUUAUCAACAAAAACAGUUCGGUACUAGAAAAAGAAAAAGCUGACACCUGCGUCGGGUUAGAAUUCAAUAAGUUCUUAGUUGCACUACAAAAACUAACUGAGCGGAAAACAACAACAGAACGAACAAAUCAAGAAUCGAAUGAACUCAGAGAGUUUGAAGUGGAAGGAAUGGAACACCAGGAGCCAACUACAUCCAGUGGAAAUUAUACUUUGUCAUUUUCAAUGGAACUUGAAGAGAAUCAAAUUGUCAAAGCUUCGAAUGAUUGCAUCAGAAGAUUGACUGAAAUGGAAACAGCUUCACAUGAAAAUGAUUUAGACUGCAAUAUAUUUUCUCCAGUAAUUACGGAAGUACAAACAAAACAAAUUGGUAGAACAAAACAUAGAAAAAACAAUCAGAAAGACCAAAUUUUCCCGGCUAUAAAUACUCAGACUCCAGGAAUCAGAACGAAUCAAAUCAGCACAUCUUCUAAAAAACUUCAAACAAACCAGUCCAUGAGGACAUCUAUACCAUCUGAAGAAAUUCAAGCUAUUGAUCAUUUUUCAACAACAGAAAAGGAAAUCUUACAUUUCUCUCCAGAAUAUAAACAGAAACAAACCCCCAAGAGUACAGAUAGAACACUCUGUGAAUUCAGUGGACCUAAAACAGAAUGUCAAAAAAGGGAAGUUGCUAUACAUGGGAUGUUUGAGUGCAAAAAACUCUGCCUUGCUUUAGAAAACUCUUCAGUAGCAAAAUCUGUUGAAAAGCAGGAAGACUCUGACGAAUUAUUUUUCCAGUCUUUAAUGUUAGAGUUCAAACUUAUUUCAAAUGAAGAAAAAGCUCAAGCCAAGUGUGAAAUGAUAAAAAUGAUAGAAGCAUUCAAAAUCGAUGUCAGUGUAUGAAAUGAAUGUAAAUAAAG